GUGCAGCUGCAGCGGCGGCUCCGGGAAGAUGGCGGCCCGGGCGGGUUUCCAGUCUGUGGCUCCGAGCGGCGGCGCGGGAGCCUCAGGAGGAGCGGGCGUGGCGGCUGCUCUGGGCCCGGGCGGAACUCCCGGGCCUCCCGUGCGAAUGGGCCCGGCGCCGGGUCAAGGGCUGUACCGCUCUCCGAUGCCCGGGGCGGCCUAUCCGAGACCAGGUAUGCUGCCAGGUAGCCGAAUGACACCUCAGGGACCUUCCAUGGGACCUCCUGGCUAUGGGGGGAACCCUUCAGUCCGACCUGGUCUGGCCCAGUCAGGGAUGGACCAGUCCCGCAAGAGACCUGCACCUCAACAGAUCCAGCAGGUCCAGCAGCAGGCGGUCCAAAAUCGAAAUCACAAUGCAAAGAAAAAGAAGAUGGCUGACAAAAUCCUACCUCAAAGGAUUCGGGAACUGGUCCCAGAAUCACAGGCCUACAUGGAUCUCCUGGCUUUUGAAAGGAAACUGGACCAGACUAUUAUGAGGAAGCGGCUAGAUAUCCAGGAGGCCUUGAAACGUCCCAUCAAGCAAAAACGGAAGCUGCGAAUUUUCAUUUCUAACACGUUCAAUCCGGCUAAGUCGGACGCGGAGGAUGGGGAAGGGACGGUGGCUUCCUGGGAGCUCCGGGUAGAAGGCCGGCUCCUGGAGGACGCGGCCUUGUCCAAAUAUGACGCCACCAAGCAAAAGAGAAAGUUCUCUUCCUUUUUUAAGUCCUUGGUGAUCGAACUGGACAAAGACCUCUAUGGCCCAGACAACCAUCUGGUAGAAUGGCACAGGACCGCCACUACCCAGGAGACCGAUGGCUUCCAGGUGAAGCGGCCAGGAGAUGUGAAUGUACGGUGUACUGUCCUGCUGAUGCUGGACUACCAGCCCCCCCAGUUUAAAUUAGACCCUCGCCUGGCUCGGCUCUUGGGCAUCCAUACCCAGACACGUCCAGUGAUCAUCCAAGCACUGUGGCAGUAUAUUAAAACACACAAGCUCCAGGACCCUCACGAGCGAGAGUUUGUUCUCUGUGACAAGUACCUCCAGCAGAUCUUUGAAUCUCAGCGGAUGAAGUUCUCAGAGAUCCCUCAGCGGCUCCACGCCUUGCUUAUGCCACCAGAGCCCAUCAUCAUCAAUCAUGUCAUCAGUGUGGACCCAAAUGACCAGAAAAAGACCGCGUGCUAUGACAUUGACGUGGAGGUGGAUGACACUCUGAAGACCCAGAUGAACUCUUUCCUGUUGUCCACUGCCAGCCAGCAGGAGAUCGCCACUCUAGACAACAAGAUCCAUGAGACGAUAGAGACCAUCAACCAGCUGAAGACCCAGCGAGAGUUCAUGUUGAGCUUUGCCCGAGACCCUCAGGGUUUCAUCAAUGAUUGGCUUCAGUCCCAGUGCAGGGACCUCAAGACGAUGACUGAUGUGGUGGGUAACCCGGAAGAGGAGCGUCGUGCUGAGUUCUACUUCCAGCCCUGGGCUCAGGAGGCUGUGUGCCGAUACUUCUACUCCAAGGUGCAGCAGAGGCGGCAAGAGUUAGAGCAAGCCCUGGGAAUCCGAAACACAUAGGGCCUCUGUGGCCCUAGCCUGGCUGCACCGAUUCCUUGGGCCCUGUGCUGCCUGCCUCAGUGUACCUGUCUUGGUCUUGCUUGAGGCAUUCCAGGGGACUUGGCUUCAGGACAGUGUCACAAUGAAGAGGGUGUCACAUUUCUGUCUCACAGUCACCUGUUAUCCCGUCCUGUACCCCAGUCGUCCCCCGUCCCGUCGUGUCCCCCCCUCACCCCACCCCGCCUCAGCUCCUCCCCAUCAGGCUCCUGUGUGCCUCUACCUCCCUAUCCUACAUAGGACCUCUAGAUAGUGUUAGAGAACCACAGAGUGGGGGCCUCCUGAGGUCAGGUGGUCUUGAGGGAGACCAGCUACACUGAUCCUGCCCUUGUCAGGAGACCUAGGCCUUGGGAGCUAUCCCUGUCUGAGCCUCAGGCCUAGGGCAGUCUGUAAGCUAGCUGACCUUGGCCCUCCCGGUAGCUUGACUUCUUCCCUCCCCUCCGCAGGUUGGGGCAGAGGCUCCUUUACCUCUGGCAGUAAAGGAGCCUGGGCUUCACUGAGCCCCGGGUUGGUCCCCUGCCCUCUGGACUUAACCUGCUGUCUCAGUGUCCUCUGACCCCUUAGGGGUCCAUGUCAGUAUUGGAGUGUGUGUUGAAUUGUUGCUCCCUCCCACACACUCCCGUAGCCGCCCAGUUUAGGAUUUCCCUACACCUGCCCUAACCCACGCUUUUGGGUUGGGGAUCUUGCCUUUCCUUGUCAUUCCCAGCAGAGACUGUUCCUUCCUGCUGUUAGAGGAGUGGCUUGUUUAUUCACUCCACCCUGCCCCCUCCUGUAAAUGGAGAAACAGGCCUGAAAUCAAACGGGUAAAGCCCUAGGCCAUCCCUGUCUUCCUGUCCCAUGUCUGCCCAGUUGAAUCCCACUGGUGGCUUCCCGGGCACUGAGGAGUAAAAGCGCCUAGGGCUGGAGAAUAGGUCUGAAAUGGGUUUGUGACUCCCCACCCCCUGCCCUGCCCUCAAAGCUUCAGACCCCUCAGGGAGCAGCAGGAUGUGGGAUCGAGGCCCCUUGGGACAGAUGCUUUGAAUCUUCCAGGGAAGCCUCCGAUUCUUCCAGGUUUGUCACCCGGAGUUAGCAUGUCCCAGGCUCGCAGACAACACUGCAGGGUGGGAGACAGCUGGGCACAGGGGGAUUCUGUUGAGCAUGGGCUCUGAACCCACAGAACUGACAAAGCCCCUGCUUCCCCACCCCCACCUCAGGCUCCUGCGAGCAGUGCUCCUGCACCCUUCCCAGCCUGUUCUGUACUGGGGACAGCAGUCUUCUCCCUGUCCUCCCAUGUCCUAUAUCCACCCCUCCCCUUGGAAGGUCCUCCCCACAGUGACACUGGACAGCCCUGGGGCAGCUGAGCCCCAGCCUGGCUUCUGGCUGGAAGCGCGAUGAGGAGACUUAGCACUCCACAGUGUCCCUGGUGGUAACUGUUCUUAUUAACUGAUUGUGUUUUGUUUUGUUUUGUUUUGUUUUCAUGGACCAAAAUUUUUUUUGUACUGUCUCCUUAACUGAUGUCACCCAGUUUUAAUAAAAGACUUCUAAAGAGCA